AUGAAAGAUCAGUUAGACCGUAUACUGAAGAAGUUGAAAUUCACGAAGGAAUCGAUAAAAAAAGUGAAGAAUAUUGUUCUACAUGGAAUAACUCAUGGAGAUAACUAUGGAAAAAACUUGUACCAAAUGUUUCUUUGUAUAGUUGAAACUAAUUUCACACAUUCAACAAAGGUUUUAAUGGAAGAAUCUACCUUUGCUUGGAGUCCUGGCCAAAAUUCUCCUAUAAUUGCAACUGGAACCGUAGCUGGUGCUCUUGAUGCUUCCUUUUCAAAUACAACAGAAUUAGAACUUUUUCACCUUAAUUUAGAUCAAAAUGAUUCAAGUUUUAAUUUACAACAACCUUCUGGCUUAGUUACCAGUAAUGCAAGAUUUGAUCGUUUAGCAUGGGGGAUUGCUGCUGAUAAACCUUAUGGAAUUAUUGCCGGUGGGAUGGAAAAUGGUGAAUUGGAUUUAUGGGAUCCGUCAAUUAUUUUAGAGGGUGGCGAUUCUGAAAAGGCAUUAAUACUAAGGAAUAAUGCUCAUACCGGAAAUGUUCGUGGUUUAGCUUUUAAUAAUUUUCAAAGUAAUUUAUUGGCAUCAGGUGCAACUAAUGGCGAAGUAUUUAUUUGGGAUCUUACAAAACCAGACAAACCCUAUACCCCUGGAACCAGAUCAAAAUAUCUUGAAGAAAUAUCUCACCUUGCUUGGAAUAAUCAAGUACAACAUAUUUUAGCAACAUCUUCAAACACUGGUUGUACUGUAGUGUGGGAUUUGAAAUUUAAACGUGAAGUUACAACAUUAUCAUAUUCAGUUCCUGAUUCAGCCGUUGGAUUAAGUGGUGGAGUUGGUAGAAGAGGUGCUACAGCUGUAGCUUGGAAUCCUGAUUUGGCUACACAAAUUAUAGUAGCAUCAGAAGAUGAUAACAAUCCUGUGAUAGUUGUUUGGGAUCUUCGUAAUGCAAGAGCUCCUGAAAAAAUAUUGGUUGGUCAUCAAAGAGGUGUUUUGUCACUUUCUUGGUGUAAAAAAGAUUCAGAUUUGCUACUUUCUUGUGGUAAAGAUAAUAGGACACUAUGUUGGAAUCCAAGAACUCUUGAAAUAUUGGGAGAGCUUCCUCCAAGUUCAAAUUGGUAUUUUGAUGUACAAUUUUGUCCUACAAAUCCUGAUUUAUUGGCUACAGCUUCUUUUGAUGGAAAGAUUAGUGUUCAUUCUUUACAAUCAGGACGUAAUCAGAAUGAAACCUAUUCAAUAGAUAGUAAUGAUCCAUUUUCACAAAUCGCAAGAGAUAAUGAGCCAUCGCUUACUCUUAAACUACCUCCCAAAUGGUUAAGGCGUCCAAUUGGUGUAUCGUUUGGAUUUGGUGGAAAAUUAAUAUCAUUCAAUAAUAAGACUGCAACAAAAAAAGGUGUCGUAGCUAUUUCAAAUAUAGUUUCAGAACCUGAAGUUGCUAAAAGUUCUGAUGAAUUGGAAAAUUCUGUGGAGGCAAAAACCUUAGAUGUUUUUUGUGAAAAACGUGAAAAACAAGCAACCAGUGAGUUUGAAUCUGAAAAUUGGAGAAUUCUUUAUACAAUGUUUAAUGAAAAUGAAAAUGCUAGAGAACUAUUGGUUAAAAAUCUUGGUUUCUCAAAAGAAGAUAUUGUUGCAAAAAUUUCAGAUGCAUUAAAAGCUAUGAAUCUGAAAGAUCACACUGAAUCAGAUAUCAUUGAUUACAAUAAAAAACAAAAAAAUGUUAAUGAUAAUGAUAAAGCUUCCAAAUUUUUUAGUCCAGAUGUUAUAAAUAGUGAUCCAUUUCCUAUUACAAAUACUGACGACCCCACUUCGAUACUUGCUGUUACGUCGUCAUCACCAAUACCAAAAAACUUGGGUGCCUUCAAAAUUUAUCCAACACAAGAAUCUGAUGUUGACAAACUUAUCACUAGAUCCAUUGUACUCGGUGACUUUGAAUCAGCUGUCAAAUUGUGUCUUGAGGCUGAUAGAUUGUCCGAUGCUUUGAUUUUAGCUGGUUGUGGUGGUCCUGAACUUUUACAACAUACUCGUAAAAUAUAUUUUGAAAAACAUGCAUCCACUAUUCCUUAUUUACGUCUUCUUCAAAGUAUAGUUUCAGGUGAUUUAUCAGACAUUGUACUAAACGCAGACCUCUCUGAAUGGCAAGAAGUUGUUGUGGUACUGUGUACUUUUGCUCGAUCUGAGGAGUUCGGAGGAUUGUGUAAUGCACUAGGUCAAAGACUUGAAAAGGAAUAUCACAAAUUGACAAAUUAUUCAGCAACCAAUGAAAUGAAAGCACAAGGAUCAGAAUAUAGAAGAAAUGCAGUUUUAUGUUAUCUGGCAGCAGGAAAUUUAGAAAAUGUGGUUAACAUUUGGAUUGCUGAACAAGAGGAGGAGGAACAAAGUUUACUUGAGAAAGCCACUCAAAAUUUAUCAUCAUCGUCAGAACUCCCAAGUCCUUCCUCUAAAUUCUUUUAUCAUGCAAAAUCUUUACAGAGUUUAAUUGAAAAGGUUACCGUGUUUCGUAAAGCAAUUGAUUAUGUUGAUUCAGAUUUGAUUCAAAAUUUGGAUGGAUCAGUAGAUUUAAAUCAACAACAACCACAUCGCCAUUAUAAACUAGCUCCUUUAUAUGACAAGUAUACCGAAUAUGCUGAAAUAUUAAUAUCUCAAGGACGAUUAACCACUGCACUCAAAUAUUUAAAUUUAACACCAAUAGAUUAUAAAAAAUCCAAUAUUAAUAAAAUCGAUUCUUUGGCUGUGGUUAGAGAUCGUUUAUAUAAAUCUGGAGUUGAUGUUGGUGGAACUAAAGCACCACCAUUUCCAUUUGAAGAGAAACACGUUGUUGGUGAAGCUGCACAACAACCUUACUUUAAUCAAUACAAUUAUAAUCAACAACCUGUAGCUCCAAAUGUGCCUCCUUAUCAACAAACUCAACAAACGCCAUAUAACAAUAAUCCAUAUGCUCCACAAUAUAAUUCACCAAUUCAAAAUCAAACUAAUACUGGUUAUCCGUAUCAGCAGCCAGUUUAUCCUGCAUAUAAUCAACCUCAAUAUCAAGAUUCCGCUACGACUACUACCAAUACAAGUUUUAUCCCACCACCUCCGCAACCUUUUGCAAACCCUAAUGUUCAGAAUCAAAACUCACCAACAGAUAUUACUCCUGCUGCAAACAAAAAAAACCUUGCCAAUUGGAAUGAUCCACCUGUUGUUCCAUCAUCUCAACUUGCCAAAAAAACUAAUCAAACUCAAGUUAAUAAACUAACUCCAAUUACAACCCCGUUCCAAAACCAAAAUACAUUUGUACCACAAGCAGCUUAUGCAAAUCGUAAACCUCCAGGUGGUGCUGGUCCAUAUCAACAAACUGCACAACCAACAAAUUUACCACCACCACAAACUCGUACUACUCAACAGCCUGCUGUCCCACCAACAGCACCACCAGUUCCUUCACAAUCACCACAAGCUUCAACUCCUGCAAGAACUCCAACUCCUGCAAGAACUCCAACUCCUGCAAGAGCACCAACUCCUGCGAAAACUCCUGUAAAUAAACAUUCUCCUGGUGACAGAUCUCAUAUUCCUGAUGCACAUAAACCAAUAUUUGAUGUUCUGUCCAGAGAAUUAUCGAGAGCAAGACAAAAUCCUCCUCAUAAUAAAAAAUUAUUAGAUGAUACAGAGAAACGUCUCAACAUUUUAUUUGAUGCUUUAAAUAAUGAAGAUAUUUUACCUGAUGUGAUUGAAUCAAUGAUGGAAAUAGUUCGAGCUCGUGAUUAUAAUUUAGCAAAUAGCCUUCAACUUAAUUUGAUGACUACUAGAAUGGACUCUUGUGGAAAAUGGAUUGUCGGUGUUAAACAAUUAAUAAACUUGGUCAAAAAUAUACCAUAA